AUGUCUUCCCUCCUGCGCGGCGAGCGUCUCGACCUGCCUUCCUUCCACUCCCUGCACGGCGAGUUCCUGUCGCUGGUCGAGAACUCGUGCGUGCGGGUACGCCCGGCGUUGACGCACGACGGCAGGACGGUGAACUUCGCGCAGCUGCGUCUGCGAGCUGGCCGCAUCAGCUCCUUCCUGCGAGAGAUAGAGGACGACGAGAGGAUCCUGAAGGGCAGCGACAGUAGGCGACGCAACAUCGUCGCCGUGUGCAUGCAGCCAAGCGACGCCCUCGUCGCCGCCAUCUUGGGCGUGCUGGCGUCAGGCGCCGCCUACCUACCGCUGGACGCGAGCGCGCCGAGAGAGAGAUGCGCGUACGUGCUCGACGACGCGAGGCCGCUAUGCGUGCUCGUCGACGCAAAGACGACGUCCAUCCACGACGCCGUGCGCUGCUGCGCCGACGCCGUCGCCGUGUACAGGCCGGAGGACAUCGACCGAUGGCAGUCGGCGUCAGUGUGCAGCGGCUACGCGAGCAGCGAGUUCGCGCAGUGCGGCGAGGGAGACGUCGCCUGCGUGCUCUACACGUCCGGCAGCACGGGACGACCGAAGGGCGUGCGCCUGACGCACGGGAUGUCCGCUCGUCGUCGUGCCGCCGGACGUCGUGCGCAACCCGCAGCUGUUCGUCGGCUUGCUGCGCGAUCACGGCGUCACGCGCCUCACGCUUGUGCCCUCCCUGCUGCGCAUGAUCAUGCUGUACGUCGCGGCUCGCCGACGAGCAGACGACAGCUCGCGUCGCUGCGCUUCUGGGUCUGCAGCGGCGAGACGCUGCCGCCACGCCUUCUCGCCGAAUUCUUCCGCGUCUUCCCACGCGGUAAGACGCUCUGCAACUUCUACGGCAGCACGGAGGUGACCGGCGACGUCACCUGGCAGCGAUUCCGCGGCAUGCGUGACGUCACGGAGAACCUGCGCGACAACAGGGUGCCGAUUGGCCGGCCGAUAAACAACACCGACGUCGUCGUCGUCGGCGACGACCUGCGGCCCGUCGGCGGCGCGGAGAUCGGCGAGAUUUGCGUCAGCGGUCGCAACGUCGCCGCCGGCUACGUCACAGAGAUGGCGGGGCAGUUCGUCGACAAUCCGCUAGGUGGCGAGCGCGAGCACAGCGUCCUGUACAGGACGGGAGACUACGGACGCGUAAUAGACGGUACGCUCUACUACGAGGGCAGGCACGACGCGCAGGUGAAGAUACGCGGCCGGAGAGUCGACCUCACGGAGAUUGAGAGAGCCUUCUCUGAGAUUUCCGGCGUCUGCAACGCCGUCGUACUGGUUGACGCGACGUCUGCCGACGUGCUAGCUUUCUACACGGCGUCCGGUACCGCACCGCUGAGCACCGACGCCGUGCGGAGCACUCUGGCGACCAAGCUACCAGCGUUCAUGAUGCCGAGACUGCUACAUGUCACGCAUGUUCCGCUGCUGCACAACGGAAAGACGGAUCGGGAGGCACUGAUGCGGCAGUACCAACAGCAGCUUGUGCCGGAUGUCCGGCCAUCGAGCGCUCUCGACGCGUUCAGCGGAUCCACGGGGAACAGCGCGCAUGCCGACGCGGUGGUAAUUAUCGGCUCCGUACUCGGCCUGCAUGCCUCCGCAGCGGACAUCGCCGCUCGAAACUUCUUUGAUAUCGGCGGCAAUUCGAUCAACGCGAUCGUCUGCAUCGUGAAAUUACGAGAGGCGAACUUUUCUAUCGGCAUCGACGACUUUUUACGCGCACCCACCAUAGCGGACGUCGCUCAUCUAGUCACUAGACAGGCGGAUACCGCUUCGAUUGGGGGCGAUCUGCCAUCCAACAUCGAUAUCUGUUCGAAUCCGUGCUCUAAGUUCAAGAUCAUACGACUAAGUGAAGCGGAGCAACCGCGGCAGCUGAUCACGGUUCUUUCGGAGAGCUUCAGCACCAAGAAUCCCCUCGACAGAGCCGUCAACAAUAACCCGGAAACGCACGCCGCCCUACUGCGCAGCCUCUGGCAGGACAUCGUGCGAACGCAGCUCACCCUGGUGGCUAUUGACGCGCGCGAAUCGAUCGUCGGCGGCGUCAUCUGCUUCGAUCUGUUCGACGAGCCGACCCUGGAUGCACCACCGCUGCUCGCGCCCAUCUUUGACCUUCACGAGGUGCUAGAGGACAACUUCCGCAGGCGAAUGGCGGGAACGGGCACCCGCUGGCUGCACAACUCGCUCAUGGGCACUGACCUUGCUCUGUCCUAUCAGGAUAACGUCCUGCUCAUCAAGGCCAUGGAGGAGGCGGUGCUUUGUUUGGCUAGGAGCGAAGAAUUCACUGGCGUCUUUACCUGUAACAGCAACAAGCUCAACCAGGAUAUCUGUCAACACUUUCUCGGCUUUGACGAAAUCGGGAGCUAUCGAGUACAGGACUUCGUAUAUGAAGGUCGUCACGUCUUCUCGGAUGCCAAAGACGAUGACGUCAUACUUUCAAUGAUAAAAUAUGUCUGAGUCGCGAAUCGCUGGGGCUUAUAACGCGCACCUCUGUUUAAUGUCUAACAUAAUUAAUAGGUUAAGUAAUGUUAUAAUUAUUAAACUCAUUAAUUAUUGAACGUUUCGUGGUUCGCCAAAAAACGUUUACGGUUUAUGUCGAUCUAGGCCUACUUCCGAAUGCACGAUAUGGUGCGCCGCUGUUGGUUCCGAAACCAGAGUGAUACACGUGCCGGUCUUCUCUAUUGAACGUGAUUUCUAUUACGGAUGGUUUGUGGCCAUUGCUGGCCAAUAAUUUCAUCGGUAAUUUGGUGCCCUACCUUUUCGGAAUAUUCUGUUCGGAACACUAUGUAUCUGCAUGAGAACGGUGGUCCGUGCAUAGUUGGUCAUAUACGGUUAAAUGAUAUGUUGUUUGCGAUGUACGUAGUUAUGCCGACAGUCCUGCUACACGUACUUACUGUGUCCACAUGGGUGCCAAGUUUCCGGAUCCCCUUCAAGCAGAUUCAUCAAUGAUCGAUGUCUGAUCGAUCAUUUAAAAUGAUAUACGUAAAGCUGCGAAGUGAAUCUUAAUCGAAACGCUUAAUUAGCGCGUGGACAUUACAUCCCACAUUAAUUUUAUAGUUUGGGAUCUGCUGUUCUAGAUAUGUGAGUAGUGAAUGCUUAAUACUUCCGCUCCUCCCGACAGCGAGCGAUAGUACUAAUGGAUCCCCCCGGGCGUACUAGUCGCUGAGUACUCGCGUGUCACACGCUGUUGCCUUGCUUUUGAUUAGUCUAACGUAUGCCCGUGUACGCAAUUUAAUGCUGACAUGCUGGGUACGCGCGGCGGAUGUACGUACGCAGUCGGCCAUUAGCUAUCGGCUUCAAAAAGUAUUUCAGCAGAAAACGACAAUAUCCAGCAUGCAGAAGUUGCUCGGCGCUUGAGCACGGAAAGGUAAUUAGAAAGCUCGUGAAAGGCCAUUGAGCAGAGCGCCGAACCCCUAAUGGGUUCGCCAUGCAGCGACAGUAGUGCCCCGGCGGCAGAAAAUCGAUUGAUUUGUCCACAAUACGUAUCAGCUCAAUACCUUUUUGAGUAUAGCGAAGUAUUUGGAAAAUUCUCGUAAAAUCACCUGUACGUCAGCAUCCAGUGAUAUCUGCUGUAGAGAUAGCUCAACAGUGGUAUCUGCUGUAGAGACAGCUCAACAGGAACGCACACGGCAGCUGUCUCGUUCGCGAAAAUAGCUGCACAAUAAAACAGCGCCAUGUGAUUUAUUUGAAUGCUUUAUACCACUCUUCCAUUUCAGGCAACAUACACUGUUGUACAUGUUGUAUAUUAUUGUACUCGUCUAUUGCUAUAUUUCCCUGUUAUGUGCGCUACACUGAUGUAGCAGUGUGUGUAGCUAUGGAUGCGCCAGCGUGGGAGCUCCACGUGAUGCUGCCGAUGUGCGGCUGGCUACUUACGUUGUAAAACACCUAUCGCUAUAUGUAAUUGUUUUAUUACUUGUUCAAUGUUGUAUAUUAUGUUUUCUUUAUUAAAUUCUGUUAUUUGAAUGCCAAAGA